AGUGCGGAACAAGUCUCCCAAAUUUCCCAAAUCUCCUGGGGCCAGAGGCCACCGUCUUCCUUCUUGUCCUCCUCCACUGGACCGCGCCCGCGUCCCUGCCCACGCGCCAGAGACCGCCCCAGCCAUCAUGGACGUGGCCGAGGCGGACAGCCCUCCCAAUCCUGGCUGUAAGAUCAUGACCUUCAGACCCUCCAUGGAGGAGUUCAGGGACUUCAACAAAUGUCUCGCAUACAUGGAGUCUAAAGGAGCUCACCGAGCAGGCCUUGCGAAGGUGAUUCCCCCUAAGGAGUGGAAACCGAGGCAGUGCUAUGAUGACAUUGACGAUUUGCUGAUCCCAGCACCGAUCCAGCAGAUAGUGACAGGGCAGUCAGGACUCUUCACUCAGUACAACAUCCAGAAGAAGGCCAUGACCGUGAAGGAGUUCAGACAGCUGGCCAACAGUGGCAAAUACUGUACUCCAAGGUACUUGGAUUACGAAGAUUUGGAGCGCAAGUACUGGAAGAACUUAACUUUCGUGGCACCUAUCUAUGGCGCAGAUAUUAAUGGAAGCAUAUAUGAUGAGGGUGUGGAUGAAUGGAACAUAGCUCGCCUAAAUACAGUCUUGGAUGUGGUUGAGGAAGAGUGCGGUAUUUCAAUUGAGGGUGUGAAUACCCCUUACCUCUAUUUUGGCAUGUGGAAAACCACCUUCGCGUGGCACACCGAGGACAUGGACCUCUACAGCAUUAACUAUCUCCACUUUGGAGAGCCCAAGUCUUGGUAUGCUAUACCUCCGGAGCAUGGAAAACGGCUUGAAAGACUAGCUCAAGGUUUUUUCCCAAGCAGCUCACAAGGGUGUGAGGCAUUUCUCCGCCACAAGAUGACACUGAUCUCCCCCUCUGUGCUGAAGAAGUACGGCAUCCCCUUCGAUAAGAUCACCCAAGAAGCAGGAGAAUUUAUGAUCACUUUCCCGUAUGGGUACCAUGCUGGUUUUAAUCACGGUUUCAACUGUGCAGAAUCAACAAAUUUUGCCACUGUCAGAUGGAUUGACUAUGGAAAAGUGGCUAAAUUGUGCACCUGCAGGAAAGACAUGGUGAAGAUUUCAAUGGACAUCUUUGUGAAGAAAUUUCAGCCAGACAGAUACCAGCUUUGGAAGCAAGGAAAGGAUAUCUACACCAUCGAUCACACAAAGCCUACUCCGGGAUCCACCCCUGAAGUCAAGGCAUGGCUGCAGAGGAGAAGGAAAGUCAGAAAAGCAUCCAAGAGCUUCCAGCGCACUAGGUCUCACCCUAAAAGACCUAAAACGGAGGAGGAUGAGGAAGCGUCAGCCAUAGUUGAUGGGGAUGAGUUCCCCACCCCUGACCCAGCCACAGACCAGCUCCAGGUCAGUGAAAAGCCGGAAGCAGUGGUGAAGCUGGAGAACGUUGCAGCAGCUUCCAGGGAGACCUUUGCUGACAGAAUGCAGCCGGAUGAGAGCUUGUUGCAUGAUAUCAACCUCUCAGGGAACAUCUGCUCAAGCACAUCUAUAACAGAGGGGAUAACAGCUGAGGAGGACAAGGCCUGCACCUCGGUGGCACCUUCCAACCCCGAGGAGGCUGAUAAUGCCGUAACAUUAUCAAGUGGCUGUGGGACGUCCGAGGAAGCAGACCCUGCCAAGCUUUCAUGGCCAAAGUCGCCUGAGUCGUGCUCCUCAGCGGCAGAGACUAAUGGUGUGUGGACAGAGGGAGAGGAGAGUGACCUGGAGAGCCGCGGGAGUGGCCUGGAACCCGGGGAAGUCCCAGCGGUUCCCAGUGGAGAGAGAAAUGGCUUCAAAGUCCCCCAUAGACUAGAAGGAGAGACCAAAACUGCCAAGAGUUGGCGCCAUCCACUUAGUAAGCCUCCAGCGAGAUCCCCGAUGACACUCGUGAAACAACAGGCAGCAAGUGACGAAGAGUUGCCUGAGGUGCCCUCAACUGAGGAAGAAGUGGAAGAAACAGAGUCUUGGGCAAAGCCUCUGGUCCACAUUUGGCAGACAAAGCCCCCAAACUUUGUGGCUGAGCAAGAAUACAAUGCAGCCGUAGCCAAAAUGGCACCACACUGCGCUAUCUGUACUCUACUCAUGCCCUACUACAAGCCAGACAGCAGCAAUGAAGAAAAUGAUUCUAGAUGGGAGACAAAAGUAGAUGAAGUGAUUACUUCAGGAGAAAAGACUAAGCCACUCAUUCCUGAGAUGUGUUUUAUUUAUAGCGAGGAAAAUAUAGAAUAUUCUCCACCCAAUGCCUUCCUUGAAGAGGAUGGAACAAGCCUUCUGAUUUCCUGUGCAAAGUGCUACGUACGGGUUCAUGCAAGUUGUUACGGCAUCCCUUCUCGUGAGGUCUGUGAUGGAUGGCUGUGUGCCCGGUGCACAAGAAAUGCGUGGACAGCUGAAUGCUGUCUCUGCAAUUUGAGAGGAGGUGCCCUUAAGCAGACUAAGAACAACAAGUGGGCUCAUGUCAUGUGCGCUGUCGCGGUCCCAGAAGUUCGAUUCACUAAUGUCCCAGAAAGGACACAGAUAGAUGUAGGCAGAAUCCCUUUACAGAGGCUAAAAUUGUUCUGUGUGCUGCUGUGAUGCUGGAAGCUAUGCCACCAGCAUUUCAAAUUCCAGAAGGGUCACCCAUGGUGGACAGGUUCCAGUGGUGCUUCCAGACUAAGACAAACUAGGAGGAAAGGUCUGGUGAUCUACUUCUGAAAAUUAGCCAGUGAAAACCUUACAGAUCACAAUAGAACGUUGUCCCACAUGCUUGCUUUGGACGCGCCAUCAGGAGGGAUCAUUUGCUGGAGGAGGACGUCAUGUUUGGUGAAGCAGAGGGUCAGCAAGGGUAAGGGAGACCCUCGGUGAGAUGGAUUGGCAGAGUAGCCACAGUGAUGGACUUGAACGUGAUGGCAAUUGUGAGGAUGAUGCAGGACCAGUCAACACUUUGUUCUGUUGUACAUGAGGUUGCUAUGAGUUAGUGUUAACUUGAUAACAGCAGCUACUUGUCUGUCUGCCUGUCUCUACCUCUGUGUCUGCCUGCCUAUCCAUCUCUCUAUCAACUAUUUGACAACUUAGAUGAAAUGGAAACAAAGCACCAAAGAAACAAAACAUCAAAGACCACCCAAGAAAAAAAUACAUAGUUCUAUAUCUAACAAUAAAAUUGAAUUUGUAAUUAAAAUCUCCUACAAAUAAAACUCCAGGCCCACAUGGCUUCAUUGGCAUACUCUUCUAAACGUUAUAGGAAGAAAUUAUAAUAAUUUUACUCAAAUUCUCCCAAUAAAUAGAAGUAGAGAGAAUAUUUCCCACCCCGUUGUAUGUGGCUAAUAUUACCCUGAUACCCGAACCCGGCAAACAUGCUACAAGAGUGGAAAAAUAGAGACCAGUACACCUCAUGAGUAUAGAUGCAAAAAUUCUCAAUGAAAUAUUAGCAAACAGAAUCGGCAGUAUAUUAAAAAGACUUAAGACAUGUUAUCCUGGAAAUAAAAGGCUGUUUCAGUUUUUGAAAUCAAUCAAUAUAAUUCACCAUAUCAACAGACUAAAGAAAAAUCAUAUAGUAAAAGCAUUUAACAAAAUUCAGCAUCUGUUCCUGAUAGACACUCACAGCAAAGUAGGAAUAGAAGGGAACUCUCUUAACCUGGUAAAGGGCUUCUAAAAAAAGCUACAACUGAAAUCAUACUUCAUGUUGACACACUGAAGGAGUCCUGGCGGCACAGUGGUUAAAAGCACUUGGCUGCUAACUGAAAGGUUGUCGUUUCGAAACCAUCAGCUACUUUGUGGGAGAAAUCCACUUCCAUAAAGCUUUUAUACUCUGCCAUAGGGUUGCUGUGAGUCAGAAUCGACUCAAUGGCAAUGGGUUAAAUUAUAUUGCAACUAAAAAGUUAAAGUAUAAAACCCUAGUUCAGAUCCUCCAGGCGCUCCUUGGAAACUCCAUGGGGCAGUUCUACUCUGUCCUGUAGGGCCGCUAUGAGUUGAAAUCGACUUGACGGCAGUGGGUUUGGUUUGAUUUUGGUUUAGAUUGACUAUGGAAAGGACUAAUGAUACUAAUGAUGGCUCAGAGGCCUGAGGAAAAAGAAAAAGUGAACAAUAGAAGCAGAAGUGAGAGGAAAGAACAUGCUGGCAGGAGGAAGGGAAAUGCUUUGGGAAGUGAGAGCUGGAGCCCAGCCUGCCCACAUCCCACCUCAUGCUCCCUGUUCACUCUCGAUGGGAACAGACUGGUCUUUGGAAGGUGGACUCUCCCACUCCGAAGGCUUUUGGUACAGAGCUUCCUCUAUUCAGGAAGAGGCCUUUACACCUGCUCAGAGAGUUCUGAUCUAAGGUAGCUGUUUCCAUAGCUGCUAUCUUCUUGUCAAAACCACUGUUAAGAAAGCUCCUAGUUAUUUAGUGUGUACUGCUCUCUCCUCGUGACCUCAUUGAGGACUAAGUGAGAUACAUGUGAUAUCAGCACCAUGGCUGGCAGUGAGCUUUCAGCAGUUUGUCGUGAAAAUCAUGAGGCGAUGACAAGAAAUCUGAGGUCUUAUGAGGUUGCAUUAUAUAGUUAGUCAUCCACAGAGCUGUGGCAAACCUGUUCUUUUGACCCGCAUCCCAUGGUCUUUCCUGCUAGGCUAUCUUCAGCUUUGAGUCAGGUAGCUCCCUGAUCUUUUCAGAGACCGAAAACAAACAGAUAGAAAAGUUAGGUGGUGUCCGUAUUUCCCAUGCACACGAUUGUCUCGAUUCAGGUGCACUGCAUGUUUUUUGUUUUUUGUCUUUUGUUUGUUUGUUUGUUUUCUUUUAAAUGUGCAGUAGAACAAAAAGAUGGUAUCUGCGUUAUUUAGAUCCUUAAGCGAUUUAGGUUCUAAGAGAAUGGGGGAAGCGUUCUUAAAUUUGAAAAUAUUCUUGCCUGGUGUCGCGAGCCUUGUAGGGCCUGUCAGAGCCUAGCUUGCUCUCAUCUGUGUCAGGCCUGUUGGAGGCUUUCACAAACAGCUGGUGUGUCAGAGACAGCUAAAAGCCUCAGUGAGGUGCACAGAGAUGCACAAAUCUAUCUAAAUAAACUCCACCAGUAGCUGGCAUCUCCAAACUCCAACUCAUGGCGAGCCCGGCACAUGGGCUUUGUUAACCAGAAACAACAUUUUCACACUGACAGCUUCAGAAAGACACUUCUAGACAGGAAUUUGCUAUCCAAAGAAUUGCAAACCAGUCCUGCCCUCAGAGGACGAGAGUACGUCUCACUUUAGAGAAGGAUGCCAUUGUGGGUUUGCACAAACAAUGAAGGCUCGCAGGGAAAACCCCAGUUUCCUAGGGUCUGAAGAGCUGCAUGGUUCCCAGCCCCCUGCCUUGUUUGUGAUGCUGUUUCCCGCCCUGGAGGGAUAGCGGCAUCGUCUUUAGAUGGAGACACAACAGUCUAAGCUCCCACUCGAGCCAACCUAGGGACCUUUCCUAAAUGACAUGUCACUUGUCAUUUUCCUCUGGAUCCUUAGGACUUUAUGUCCACUUAUUUUAAGCUGUGUUUGUUGACCUAACAUGGGGGUAACACUGCUUCUUUGGCUAAUGUUUUUUCCUUGUUCUGGAGCCCUUCUUUCCCGUUGUGAUUGAGUCCGGCAUUUGCCUCAGAAGUCACAGUUACAGCCUCAAAAGUCACAAUUGCAGUCCAGAUCCUUCCAGGGUGUACAGCAUUAAUGACUUGGGUACAUCCUGCGGCCCUCUCCUACCUAGGAGCCAUUUUGAUGACGGCUCAGGAACCGAGCUGUUGAUACGCGGCAGGUCCUGAGCCCAGAGGCUUGCCUGCUGGGGAAUCCCCUUCGUAUCUCAGCCUGAAUCCUGCUUUUCCGCAGCACAUCAAAGCAACGGAACGUAUUCUGAAUUUAGGUGAAACUGUCACUCAUUCAACAAAGUUCUAUCUGGGCGAUACACGUUUUUGAAAACAGAUGUGGAAGCCAGGAGGACAGCUGUUGAAAAUGGACCUGUUGUUGAAGCAUGUGUUGUCACACAGGUUGUUAGCCUGCAGUCUGGUGAACUGAAGGUGCUGUUGGAAUGGCUCUUGGAUCGGUCUUUGUAGUUUGAUUUGCAUUGCUUUGAUGGUAAUUAAAUAUCUCCACCCCAUCCCCUGAAAACUAAAUAUGAAGUAGAGUAGCUUACUGUUCAACAGGGAUUAGUAAGACAUGCUGUUGUGUCCGUGUUGAAUUGUUCUUUUUCCUUGGGUGCUGUAUGCCAGGCAUUAUCCAGAUACUCCUCCAACAACUCCUUGAGGUUGGUUCGUUAUUCCCAUUUUACACCUGAUAAAACAUACCACAGAUUGCCAAAAGAACUGAACAAAUCUGUCUUGGAAGAAGUACGACCAGAAUGCUCCUUAGAAGCAAGAAUGGGAGGACUACAUCUCAUAUACUUCGGACAUGUUGUCAGGAGCGAUCAGUCCCUGGAGAAGGACACCAUGCUUGGCAAAGUAGAGGGUCAACGAAAGAGAGGAUGACCUUCAACAAGAUGGAUUGACACGGUGGCUGCAACAGUGGGCUUAAGCACAACAGUGGUUAUGGGCACAGCACAGGACCGGCUAGUGUUUCAUUCUGUUGUACAUAGGGUCGCUAGGAGUUGGAACUGACUCAAUGGCACCUAACAACAACAACAACAAAAGAGGCUGAGCUGAAUUUAGUUAUUGGAGCUCACACAGCUGCUGAGCAGGGGAACCUACCUUCCCCUCAACCACUUUGCUGCCUGUUCAACCUCUGGAGUGUGGCAGAGUCGAGGAAGCAGGGCUCUGUGGCUCACAGGAGUACCUGUACAGCACACCUGGUCCUCAGCAGAGUGAGAGCUUCGUCCAUGAAGGCAAAACACCAGUAGUCCAGGCUCCCUGCUUGACAAUCCAGCCUCCCUAGUGGGAAAGGCAUUGUACGUAUUAUUAUUAACACAUUCACUGCUAACUGAAAGGUUAGAGAUUCCUUCCAGUCCACCCAGAGGUACCUUGGAAGAAAGGCCUGGCUGUCUACGUCCAAAUAAUCAGCCAUUGAAAACCUAUGGAGCACAGUUUUACUCGGACACACAUGGGAUUGCCAUGAGUUGGAACUAACUCUAUGGCAAUUUUUUUUUUUUUUUUUUUUAAUUCUUUAUCUUGGUCAAACACAACCUUGAGCCAUGGAAGGAAGCGCAUGGCCACACUCUCACAUCAGGUUUCUCAGAUCCCUAGACCAGGAUACUCGGGCUGGGCUCAGAAAUUGCCAGUUUCUGCACGUGAGUAUCUUGGGCAGGUUAAAGGAAAGGCUCUUCCAAAUGUCUCUUCAAUUCAUGUCAUUAAUAAGUCUCCAUAAAUAGAAGGUUGAUGAGAAAAAAUUAAAAAUUACACAUCCAGAGUCGUCCUGGUUAUUUUUUAAAUAUGCUUAUACAUGGAGAAAAGGCUUAAAAAAAGUAUGCACAGGUGGCUGCCCCUGGAUGGCAGAGCCUCAGGUGAUUUAAAAAAUCACUUUAUAUGUGCAGCGUGUACUUCGCAGCUUUUCUACAUGAAGCUGGAAUUAUUUGUAAAAUCAAAAGAAAAAAGUACAAAAUUGGGCAAAAUACCAUUUAAACACUUAGGUCUUUUAUACGACUUUUGGUCUAGUGACCCAGGUAGGAGGGACACCCCCAAAACCAAACCCAUUGCUGUCUAGUCGAUUCCGACUCAUAGUGAACCUGUGGGACAGAGUAGAGCUGCCCCCAUAGGGUUUCCAAGGAGUUCUGGUGAAUUUGAACUACCAACCUUUUGGUUAGCAGCCUUGGAGCUUAACCGCUACACCACCAGGGUUUCUAGGAGGACAGGGGACACUUAAUAGAGUGUCAGUGGAUUUCCUACUUUUGACUUCAACACAAACUCCCCUCCCUACCGCUCCUCGCCCCUCCCCAUUGCCCCCUCCCCUCCCCUCCCCUCCCUGUCCCCUGCCCUUCCCCUCCUCUCCCUUCACCUUUUUUCCAGACCCUCAGCUUUCCUUUGUACUUUUUCCUAAAACUGAUAUGUGUGAGAAAAGCCUUGAAGGAGACUCCUGGUCCUCCUCUCCCACUACCCCUUUUGCUUUGCAGAAUAAACAUAUUACUCUCAGGUAGACAAACAGGGACCGGUUCUGAGGAGAAGUCUUAAAGGAACAAAGCAAAGGCAAGGACAGGUUAUGUAAUAAGCGCUGAAAAGGGUAGCGUGUUAUUUUAUCCAGGCCAUCAAUUUGUUGCAAAAGUUGUGUGCCUUAUCUAUUACCUGCUCUCUGAAAUGCACAGUCUCUUCGUCUUCCUGAGGCCACAGCUAGUCCACAUCGCCCAGUCUCCUCUGUAGGGAGGAGCUCUCGCCAGAGCCACAGGAGCACCGUUUCAGCCUGGCUGCAGGCGCUUUCCUCCUUGCUGUUUGCUAGGGUGGAGAUGACCUGGAGAGAGACUCCGGAAACCGGAUCUUGAGAGGGCAGCACUUGUGUCGGCCUGGGUCCCUGGCUGAAUGUGCAGGGGUCCAACCAUUGUAAACUCAGCCAGCCUGGUGCUGGUGUGCAAGAAAUCAAUUUCUGUUGUGUUUAGACUGUUAUAUUGUUGGGGCUGUUUUUUACUGUAAUCCACUGUUAAUUAUUUCUCUUUGAAUUAGAACUCAGAAGUGAGAUGCUUGAUAUGAGGGUGCAUAUUAAUACAUUUUUUUGACUUGGAAAAUGAAGUUAGACUUUUUUUCUGAUAGGAAAUGAAAGUUUUGGCAGAUUGGCUUGGUAAUGAGGGCUUCCUACAUCUGUUGGGUUACAUAUAUGGCAUUUAUUUCCCAUAAAAUUAAAUAGGGCUAAAUCUGCAGUCCCCAAACCGUAAACCAAACCCGUUGCCAUUGAGUCGAUUCUGACUCAUAGCAGCCCUGUAGUCUGAAGGUUUGACAAAAACGUAGUUAUAGCUCACGUGUAAUUAUAUCCCGGAGUUCUGUGCUGGAAAUAAUAUCCUUUACAUCUAUUUACACUUAAGUUUAAAGAACAAAACAAGAGUCAGCUUUGCAAUAUGCAAGGAGGGAUGCGUUGUUGUUGUCGUUAGUUGCCGUUAAGUUGAUUUUGACUCAUGGUGACCCCGUAUGUGCAGAGGAGAACUGCUCCGUAGGGUUUACUUGGCCGUAAUCUUUACAGAAGCAGGUCUCUAGACCUUUUCUUUUGUGGAAUCGCUGGGUGGGUUCGAACCACCCACCUUUAGGUUAGUAGUUGAGAGCAAACCAUUGGUGCCACCCAGAGGCCUUAUGUAUGUUUUAUUGCUAAACAGCCCUGGGGGUUGUUGUUGUUGAGAAUAUAUACAGCAAAAACAUACACCAAUUCAAUUUUCUACACGUACAGUUCAGUGACAUUGAUUACAUUCUUCGAGUUGGGCAACCAUUCUUACCCUCUUGGCCAUAAUCUUUUUUUUUUUUUUUUUAAAUUGUGCUUUAGAUGAAGGUUUACAGAGCAAACUAGAUUCCCGUUAAACAGUUAAUACACAUAUUGUUCUGUGGCGUUGGUUGCCGGCCCCACAACACGUCAACACUCCUUUCUCAGCCUUGGCUUCCCUAUUACUAGCUUUCCUGUCCCCUCCUGCCUUCUUGUCCUUGCCCCAGGGCUGGUGUGCCUAUUUAGUCUCGUUUUGUUUUAUGGGCCUGUCUAAUCUUUGCCUGAAGGCUGAACCUCAGGAGUGACUUCAUUACUGAGCCAAAAGCGUGUCUGGGGGCCAUACUCUUGGGGUUUCUUCAGCCUCUGUCAGACCAGUAAGUCUGGUCUUUUUUUUUGUUUUUUUGAGUUAGAAUUUUGUUCUACAUUUUUCUCCAGCUCUGUCCGGGACCCUCUAUUGUGAUCCCUGUCAGAGCAGUCAGUGGUGGUGGCUGGGUACCAUCUAGUUGUGCUGACUCAUCCUGGUGGAGGCUGUGGUAGAUGUGGUCCAUUAGUCUUUUGGACUAAUUUUUCCCUUGUGUGUUUGGUUUUCUUCAUUCUCCCUUGCUCCAGAUGGGUGACACCAGUGGAGUACCUUAGAUGGCUGCUCACAAGCUUUUAAGACCCCAGACACUACUCAACCAAAGUAGAACACUUUCUUUAUAAACUCUGUUAUGCCAGUUGAGCUAGAUGCUCCCCGAGUUGACUGUAACCUUACUGGAAGCAGAUUGCCAGGACUUUUCUUCUGUGGUACCUCUAGGUGGGUUUGAACUGCCAACUUUUAGGUUAGGAGUCAAGUGCAAACCAUUUGUGCCACCUAGGGAAUUAAGGAGGGAUUUAGUUUUCCAAGGAGCCCUGGUGGUGCAGUGGUUAAGAGUUUGGCUGCUAACCUAACCAUAAGGUCGGCAGCUUGAAUCCACCAGCUGCUCCUUGGAAACCCUGUGGGGCAGUUCUACUCUGUCCUGUAGGGUCGCUAUGAGUUGGAAUCGACUUGACGGCAACAGGUUUGGUUUUUUUUUUUUUUUUUUCAGUUUUCCAAAUUUCUUUUAGAGGGAUUUGUCAGCAAAAGCUAGUGUGAAAAAGAGGACCAUUAGCAAGCAGGUAGUUUGAAAGCACCAUGGCUGACCUGAUUAAUAAACAGGCAGUUAGUUGUUCAGUUGUGUAAAUGUGCUAACUGUUGGGCAAACCUCAGGCAAAUGACAGAAAUGAAUGCUGUAGCUCCAGCAACUUCUGCUGCUGUAACUCUUCCAAAUUACUCUGUUAAAAUAUUUGUAGCUUCUCAUCAGGCAGGUGAAUGGAAAGGUAAAUAAGUGAUCUUCCUGCAAGAAAAGUGUACGCAGAGGGGGAUUACUUCACUUAGUGCUGCCAGCAAAGCCAAGAUUUUAUUGUUCCGUCUCCUUUCCUGAAUCUGUUUUAUGUGCCGAGGAGACACCCAGCUCUGGGGUGAACUUUGGGACCAGAGCCAAGUGUGUGUAGGAAAGAAGAUGAAGACUAGGCAGGUAACUAAAGUGCCAAGGGAAUGACUUAGCCGCACAGAAUUCAAUUUCCUAAGUUUACGAUCAGUCUCUGGGGAAGGACAUCAUGCUUGGCAGAGUACAGGGUCAGCGGAGAAGAGGAAGACCCUCAACGAGGUGGAUUGACACAGUGGCUGCAACAAUGGGCUCAAGCAUAACAAUGAUUGUAAGGAUGGCUCAGGACCGGGCAGUGUUUUGUUCUGUUGUGCAUAGGGUCACUAUGAGUCAGAACCGACUCGAUGGCACCUAACAACAACAGCAAUGAUUUGGCAAGCUGGCACCCACAGGGCUUGAAAUAACUUUAGGGAAACAUCCCUUCCUGUGUCCAUACAGCACCCCAGACUCACUGCAAAAGAGGAGCAGCUGAGGAAGCCUGUGCUCUGGUCUUCCCUGUAAUAAGAGGAGAUUGUGAGCUCUCACAGGCGGUGCUACCCCAUUGACAAAAAAUGCCUCCAGGAGUGUGUCUUUGGCUUUCAUCCACUCUGAAGAUAUUGGCAACCACAAAUGCCAGCAUCACACCUGGCAUUUCUAUUGAAAAACACUGAAGACCCCCAUGGUCCGAGACUGCAGGGGUGACAGGGUGAGCUGGGAGUCGAACACCUGCACUGCUUGAGAAAUAUGCAGACAGACCUACUUGUAUUGAUGGAAGGAAUCCUUUGGGUUUCCAAAAUUUGUACCACCUGUGCCUGAGGCCUUGGAGAUGAGUUCGGAGGGGCAAACAGUGACAGAUAGACCAGGCGCUAGCAAGGAAAGGUGUAUGUAACCUCCGAAACUCAAGGGGCAGGGUGAACAUCCUCGGUUCCUGGCACUCCUUUAGAAAUUAUGCCGUAGCGGGAACCUGGAGAACUAGUUGUUGGCUGGAAGGUAUUUUGGUGGAUGACGUUUAGACAUCAGGUGGCUUCUGCUUGGCCUGGGCCCUGGUCCCCGUGAAAGGCACCAUGGUGCCCCUGAGAAGAGAGCCAUUGAGCAAAUGUCCCCAAAGGCUCCUCCCUGUAGGAUCUCACAUUCUCCCUGGGCAGAGGCUGUGAGCUCGCAGGUCACCUGAGUCCACACACUGGAAAGGUUUAAAUGAUGAAUGAGCCCCCGUCCUAGCCCACUGGAUGUCACAGAUGGAUGCAGGCCAGUGUUUUCCUUAGGUGAGUGGGCCACGUACAGCCUCUACUCAGCUCUGCUGUUGCAGGGAAAAGUAGCCAUAGACAGUGUGCAAAGGAAUGCAUGCAGCUGUGUUGUAAUAAAACUUUAUUUAGGGAUGCCAAAAAAAAAAAAAAUUCCAGUAGGAGUAUUGUGUGCUUGAGCAGAGCACACCUGAGUUUCAUUUCAGGAUCUUGUGCAGGUGGAUCGAGGAGGGUUAUGAUGAUUGCCCAGUCAGGCAUUGGCCCUGACACUGUGGUCAAGAUAAGACACUCCACUGCUUUCAAGUUGAUUCUGACUCAUAGUGACCCUACAGGACAGAGUAGAACUGCCCAAUAGGGUUUCCAAGGCUGUAAUCUUUAGGGCAGCAGAGCAGCUGGUGGGUUUGAACUGGUGACCUUUCAGUUUGCAGCCGAGCACUUAACCACUGCAUCACCAGGGCUUCUUAGAUAAGAUACUUCUUGUUGUUAGGUGCUUUUGAGUCGGUUCCAACUCAUACCGACCCUAUAGAAUGGCCCCACAGGAUUUCCAAGGAGUGGCUGGUGGAUUUGAACUGUCAACUAUUGGUUAGCAGCCCAGCGCUUAACCAUUGCACCACCGGGGCUCCAGAUAAGACACUACGGGCAGAGAAAUGCCUUUAAGAGUGACUCGCACAAACCUUCAGUGGGUCUUCAGAGCCUUUUAGUUAGAUCUACUCUGUGGGAGUGACAAAGAAGGAUUAGGACUUCUCAUGUAGCCCCAUGUCAGACCCAGAACUCUGCGGCUUCCUGCCCAAGAGUCCCAGAUGUCUGAGGCCUGCGGGCCCUUCCUGUCUGAGGAGAGCCGGCUGUGCUGACUUGACACUUCCUCUCAUGCUCAGCUUACGAUCUCACACUGCUUUGCGCCACAGCCUCCAGGGCAGAAGGAUCUCCAGGGAAUAAAGAACGAAACUAGCAAUUUUUUUGUUGAACAUUUGCAGGAGCAAAAUGGAGAGCUGAGUGAAGGAACUGAUGUCUCUUGCUCAGUAGAAGGAAUGGUCAGGUUAAAUGCAAUAAAAGGAAAUUGUCAGAUUUAGAAGGAAUGAUAAAAUACAGCACCACACAUUAAGGGCUUUUUCUUUCUUUAAUAUUAAUGUUGCCAGCCAUUACAUGGGGUUGAAUCUCAAGCAGGGGUGGCCUGCAGUUUCCUCGAAGUCUAUUUUCAUGAAGAAGUGCUGGAUGUUUAAUUAUUUAUCAAAGAAGUAGAGUCCUCUUAGUUCAUCAGGCUGCGUGCACCAGCAGUUCUGGAACAUUCCGGCUCCCGUUCGGACUUAAUGUUGUGUAUGUGUGUAUUUAUAUGAAAUGUGUAUAUGCCUGUGUGGAUGCCUGUGUGUGUCCAUGUGUGUAUCCAUGUGUGUAUAUAAAACACACACGUGUGUAUGUAUGUAUGUGGGAAAGUGUUGGUGAUAUUUGCCCUGGCAAUGUCUUCCUUUAGCACAAGAGCACCAGAAAAUCUAGAUGAAUGCCAAGAGGAGUCUUGUCCCAGGUCUGCGGCUGGCUCUGAAACUCUAGGCAAGGAAUUUAACCUCUAGGUGUCUAAUAUUUGCUACCUGUGAAAUGCGGUAAUCAUAGUUAGGAUUCGUGUACACAGGAAUCAUGAAGUGUUAUGUAUAAUGUACCUUAGGUUACACAGAAGGUAAGUUCUUUAUGUGACAAAGUGGUGUCACUUAAACUAAAAUUGUCGGACAGAGUGUGUUCUUUCCCUAUCAGUCCCCUCUUUAGAGUCCCCGUCUCUGAAAGGUGAGAUUCUUUCCACUGUGAGAAUUUGGGUGGAAGUCCUCAACAAGGAGUUUUUCGGUUGGAAAAAGGUUGAAUGAGUAACGGCAUUAUAUGUAGAGAGGAUGGAAAAGCUAUGGAAAAUUAUAAGAAAGAUUCAGCUGGUAGCCCAUGAUAUGUGGUGGCAAAGAGUCACUCAGAUUGUCGCCUUUAGACAGCUGUGAUCAAGUGCCAAGAGAAGGCCAGGUUCAGGGUGAACAAGUGUGUGCUGCUGUAGAACACUGUGAUGAAAAUAAGGAGGCUGGUGGAGUGAGUUAGUUGCUUUUCACUGUGCUGGGAACGUAGGGAAAGAAAAUGACGAGCUCGUGGCUUCAAAUUAAACGGGAGUGGACAUGACCUGUGUCCCUGCUCAGAAGCUGUAGGAGCCACUCUGUUUCUCCAUCUGCAAGAAUGGCAGGGACAGAUAGCGGCCGCUCCCUCAGCCUGGACCCCAGAUUGCAGGAGACCCGGAGCAGAGUCACAGCCGACAUGGGACAUGAGCAAGAAAGAAACCUGUUUUGUUAGGCACUGCGGUUUGGGAGAUUGUUGUUACUGGGGCAUGAACAACGGUUAUCACCUGCUCUUGGAGAAUGCCCACACAGUGCCCUAUGAUAGGACCCCCUGUGUUCACAGGCUUGUUCUUUGAUACCUCUUCAAAGCAUGGGUCGUUGCAUCGUGGAGGUCUGCUUGAUGAUUCAUAAAGCUGCUACAAUAAAUGAUACCCAGUGCUACUUAAUUAGCUGUGAGACCUUGGUGAAGCUACUGAACUUUGUGCCUCAGUUUCUUCGUCUCUAAAGUGGGAAUAAUACUAGGGACCAUCUCACAGAGUUGUAAGGACCAAAGGAGUUGUAUGUAUAACACCCUCAGAACAGUGUCUGACCAGGUAAAUAUUCAUUGAAUCUUAUCUACAAAUAUUUAAUGAGUGCUAACCACAUUUCAGGUCCUAGACAAUUCCUGGGACUUCAGAAUCCACUUGACAGCACCCAACAACGACAACAACAACAAAAAUGAACAAGAAGAUGUAGGUUCCAGUGUUCUUGUAGCUCAUAGGUUCAGGAGGAGAGAGAAGUUAAAUGAUGAAUUAUAGAGAGAUGGAAUGCCUUGAGAACGUCCAGCAGGGAGCCAAACCUAAUUGAGAGGGUCCAGGAAGUCCCAGAAGAAAUGACACUUAAGCACUAAAGGAUGAGUAGAUGUAGCCAAGGUGAGGGUAGGGACCUGGGGGAUAGCUGUCCAGGUAACGGGUUCCUAUAUUCGAGGACCCUAGGUGGGAAGGAGCUGGGCAUGACAGAGAACAGAAAGAAAAUCAGUGGGUGUGAGGAGCCGAGGGGCGAGUGCAGAAUGGAUGUCCCCAGGGAAUAGUGAGGUGGAAGAGAGUGAGCCUCCCAGGGCGCUCUGGGCCCUCAGCCAGAGUCCUCUGACAGUAGGUAGUCACUUUUCUUCUUCCAGCCUCAGUUUCCUCAUCUCUAACAUAGAUGAUCUCCCUUCAUCCUCUCAGCUCUAGAAUUCUGUGUUCUAGGAUUUUCUUUGCAUUCAUUUCCUUGUUUCAAAGAUCCGACGAGGUUGUGCUAAAGGUUGCUCCUAAUAAGCCCGAAUUGUUUAGUGAGGAUGAAGAGGAACAACAAAAAGAGGGGCGGGGGAGCAUUGGCUCUUUCUGGUCUGUUGGUUAACCUGACUUUCACACUGUAAAGUGCAGGAUCGCGAGGGCCAACCCCAGAGCAGCCCGGGGUCCUAUGGGUGACAUUUAAUUCUGCUAGCAGAUGGCGUCCUAGUGCAGGCUGCUGGAGAAAGGCUGGUGUUGCGAGCUUUGUCACUCCCUCCCCGGCCUGCUCGCAGGAGUGUGCUGCACACUCUUUAUCCUGAGCUCUCUUUAUUUUUCUUUCUGGUGUCUUUUUCUCCUCAGGCUGCAUGUCAGGAUAAUUUUAGCAUUUAUAGAGAACGGUGCUCCCCACUGGGCACCUACAUUAACCCCUCCCGAAGGGAAUGUGCAUGCCCUGGAGGUUUUUCCCCUCUUUUUUCUUUUACUAUUUUUCAUUUAAAAAUGUAUUUUCUAGUACAUUUGAAUCCUGGAGCAAGCAGGAAAGUUUUUUUAAGUGAUCUAAAGAUGGGUGGAUGUCUUUCUAUAUUUUAAAACUCAGCUGGCCCUACCCGUGAAUUUCUGUGGUGGGCUGCACAGGGUUUGAGUUUCGUGUCCCCACACACACCUUGGUCACUGCAGCACACAUACCGGAGUAGCCACUGCUGCCAGCGCGGGGGUGAUUAUCCGCGUGCAUGCUGCGCUUCUCACUGGGGUCCCUGUAGAAAGGUGAGGCUUGGGGGAUAUAGGAGAGUCUGUGUUGGAACAGACUAGCUCUGAGAGAGGUACCCACCCUCACUGUCAGUUCCAGUCCCUCCCUCACCACCCAUCACCCUGCCUGUGGAAAGUAAUACUGCCCUGGGCACCCCCUCCUCAGCCUUUAGUGCUGUGAACUGCUGUCCACUGGCUUUGAUCCCCUUUCUCUGGUGACUGCCACAAAGUCUCUCAGGGGCACAAACCAUUGACACGCUCGGCUGCUAACCUAAAGAUUAGAGGUUUGAGUCCACCCAAGAGGUACCUUGGAAGAAAGUCCUGGAGGAUUAUGGAAGAGUGGUCGAUAAAAAAGUUUCAAGCAUAAAACUCUCUUAUAUUCGAAUAAACUUCUGUGGGGAAGGUGUCAGAGAGGUAAUACAAGCCUGUAAAGAGUAAGGAAUGGUAUAAAGUCUGCUACAAGAAUCCGUUCUCUUAUUUUUCUUUGUUUUUUAAAUGAAUGAUGGAAGUGAAAUCACCAUGGUAGUCACAAACAUGAGAGUCUUAUUAAUAAAUGUCAAUAUUUAGUAUGCAAAUUAUAACUUUUGUAUUUAAACAUAUGAUAAAAAUUUUUUUAUGUCCACUUAAAACUAUGCGCGCACACACACACACACACACACACACAUAUACACACACACACACACACACACCACCCAGUGCCAUAGAGUCGAUUCUGACUCACAGCGACCCUAUAGGACAGGGUAGAACUGCCCCAUAGAGUUUCCAAGGAGUGCCUGGCGGAUUCGAACUGCUGACCCUUCGGUUAGCAGCCGUAGCACUUAACCACUACACCACUAAAACACCACUAGGGUUUCCUAAAAGUAUGCAAGGAGAUACAUCAAAAUUAGUUCCUCAAAAAUUCAGUCUGCUUCUAGUUCCUGAAGGGAGACAGUUUGGGAUACCACAGUGAUUUCCAAAUCUGUCUUUGCAUUAGAUUUUGGGGGUGCUUCUCAAAAAUGCAGAUUCCUGGGCUUCAGUUCAGACCUAUGAAUCAGAAUUUUGAGUUGGGCGGGUGAUAUUUUAACAAGAUUCGCCGGUUCCUGGGUGGUACUGAUGUAGCCAGUCCCAAUCCCAUGCAGGGACCAGGGUUUGAUCUCCUGUGUCCAUUUGUUCUACCUCCAGGCCUGAAGCUCCCACUUCGUCCUGCCGAGAGGGCAAGUACACCCCGGGACAGGCAGUGACAAACCACCACUGUGGAAUUCUUCCCCACUUUGUUCAGCAGGGCAUGGCUGACUCACAGAUGGGUAGGAGCCAUGAAGCCAAAAGUACCUGAUGGUGUGAACCAUGGGCAAGAACCCAGACACCUGAGUCUAUGCUAAGGCCCUUCAUCCUCUCCUUUGGCUGGCUCAUCUUAAAAUGUGGCAUUUUGGGGACUCUCCUUUAAGAACUCCUUGUUCUUCUGUACAGUUCUCAAAACUUGAAUUCAUCAGGAUUGAUAUUGAUCUAAGAAACCCUGCACGGCAGUCUUACUCUGUCCUAUAGGGUCUCUCUGAGUUGAACCAACUCAGGGAUGGCACACAACAACACGAUCUGCCUGGAAUCAGCCAAAAGAGGUACCAUUGAGUUCAAGAUGAUGUGACUUCCAAAAUUUGAAUCUGUUGAAGAUUUGGCAGCUGUCAGUGAUUUCUAGCCACCCUUCUGUGUCUUAUGAUUUUAAGAAAUUCCCUAAGGGUAGGAGAUGUGGCUAGUAAUUGUUGUUAGUUGCUGUCUCGAUAGUGACCCUACGCACAACAGAAUGAAACACUGUGCCAUCCUUACAGUCAUUGUUGUGCUUGAGCCCAUUGUUGCAGCCGCCUUGUCAAUAACAACAACAACAAAAAAAAUUAAUUAGGCAGUAUGAAAUUGUGAGAAGGAUUUGACUUACUGGGCUAAAUUUACUACACUUUGCUAGGGGUGUAUUGUCCUUCUCUCCUCCUUCUUUUAUGCGAGAACUUUGUUGCCUUUUCCUGUGUCUCCAUAAGAUAAAUGAACUAAUUUAAAAUAUUCUCCAUGCUUCAUCUGUCCACUCCGCAAGCUGUCAACAGGCUUGGGUUGGGAGCUUGCGCACCAGCAGGCUUCAGCCUGGACUACGGUGCUUUUGAAAAAAGAAUGUCAUUUCCAUACCAGCUGGAAACUCCUUUGCAAGUGUGCCUUCACAUUCUUGCAGGAUUGGGUAAGAAAGUCGAUACUUUGUCCAGCUUUCUAAAGCACAUUUGCCUGAAAAAUCAUUACUUUCUUUUUUUAAUUGAAAAGGUAGGGGAAGAUUUUCAAGAAUUGAUGAGAGAGAACGUUUUGACAUGGAGUUAAAAACCAAAGGAGUAAGAAAAAUGACAAAUACUGGAGCUACUAAAAUGUAGAAUUAAAUGGAAAAAGCUAUCCAUUUCUCUUCUAGAUACAUCAUGUUUCUAAUUUUGGGUAUUUUAAUAUAUUUUUGCCACAUGUCUCUUUGCCUAAUUUUUUUUUUAUUGUGACAAAUAUAUAUAACAAAACAUUUGCCGUUUCAACACAUUCGUCACAUAUACGGCUCAGUGAUGUUUGUUACAUUCGUCAUGUUGUACAACCAUCACCCUUAUCUGAUCUCAAAAUUUAAAUGUAUUUUAGGGGUUGAAUAGUUUUAAAAACAAGAUCAUGAAAUCUUCACGGGUUUAUUAUUUUUUUUAUAGUCGCUGGAAUUCAUCUUAUCUUCCUCCAUAGUACAUUUAAGGGAUAUAUUCUGUCAGAGCAUCAGAGUAGCACACAACUUUAAGGCAUUUUCAGUCUUUUUUGUAGCAGGGUCGAGUUCUUCUCUGUAUUUACUCAGUGGUAUUUGUGGAGGAGGCAAAGCAAAAGAAGUGAUAAGUUGGAAAGUGCCUUUACAAUCUCUGAGAUUGUACAGACAGGCUCCUUUAGGAUUUUCCGAAAUUUUUUAUACUUAAUAUAUUUUAAUGAGUCUUUGGGGGAAGUCAUAACUUCACCCCACUGCUUAUUGCGGCUGCCUGCUUACAUUACCCAAUACUCUUGUGAGGUAUAAUAUUAAAAUCAGCUCUGGUUAAAAGUGGAUUUUGGCUUUUAGCCUAACACUGAGCAAAUAACCUUUCCAGUCCAAGUUAAAUGUUCCCAUAAGCUCCUUAAAACCAAAUUUUUCUUGUUAAAAAAAGUCACUGAAUCUAAUUCCUGAAGGGUAGGGUUGUGGAAGCCAUUUAAAUUAGACUUAAAAACAAAUCCUUCCUACAUUUUGCUGGCUUGGCCUUUCUUUUGCUAAGGUUGGUUGGGUACUUCUUGGCCAGGUUUGGAGUAAGAGGUCUGAGUUCCCUCAAGGGAGUGUUAGGGCUCAUCAGAUGGGCGUGGGUCCUGAGCUUGAAUUGAGACUUCAAGCAGAAUGCAGUGCCUGCCUACCCACUGCUACUAAGCCUUGCAGAAUCUCUCUCAAGCCACAUCUUUGUGCUUGAUUGUGACCCAUUUGCUGUCCAGAACUCUGAACCACCAGCCCUCCCAGUUCCCUUUAGCACAAGGCCAUGCUUUCUAUGGUUUUCAUAGUCGGUCAGCCCUAAGUUAGAUGAAAGUUUGAUAGAUGCACUUAUAACCUCAUCAGAGCUUUCUGUUGGAACUUGACAAGCAGCUUCUCUCUCCUAAAUAUUUUCACAGACAGCCUUUAAAAUAACAUUUACCUCUUCCAGGACCACUUUUGCUAGUGGCAUGUAGUAGCUAUAUUUUAUUUGAAAACAUCAUUUGGGGUUUUAUAGGAAAAAAAAAAAUUAUCUCCACAGCUUGUUAUCAGUAGGGAGGAUAGGCAUUCUUGGAUGGAUGAAAGGUUUAUUGGUGGAAAGAUUCAAGAAGCUAUUUUGUGAUAAAGGAUUUCUUUGCAUUUUUUUCCUGUAGUCAAGUAAAUUGCUUAUGGGUUCUUGCUAAGAAAAAUAAUCCCACUGGUGCUACUUUUAAUUUGACCAGGUUUGGAAUGUUUUCAGAAGGGUUAAGCUUCCUUUGCAUUAGUGUCUGUCGUGGUCAAAUGAAGGAAUGGCUUUGGAACGGUCUAGAUUUUUUUUAUGAUGCAUUCUCUGACCUUCCCAUAUGAGGUUCAGUACAGUGGGCCAAGGCAAGGCAAUAGCACCAUUUCUACUUGACUUUUAGAGGUUUAGUGUAUCCCAUCUCCUACCCUAGGCCUCAGACAGAUAUACCACUCAUGUUAGAAGAGUUAGUGUUUCCUAUGAGUCUACUCACUGCUAUCAUAUAACAGGGACCACCCUGGGAGAUUAUGGAGCUGCGGCAUGACCCAUCCCUGAUGACAAUGACUUGUGUGACUUUAGGCAAGUCAUUCCCCCUCCUAGCCUGAGAGUCCUUGCUCAUUAGGUGAUCUUAAAGGUUUCCUCUCUUCUAAAAUUCUGUGCUAUCUGAAAGAGGAAAGGGGAAAGUAUUAGAAAAACAUGGUAUGAGUUGUAUGGAGAGGGAGUAGACCAGCUGACUAAUAGUUCAGGGUAGGUUUUUGGGUUUCCAGAGUGUGAGUCCAGUUUUCUAGGGUUGUUCAGUAGUUGGCCAUAGUUCUGAAAUGUUUGGUUUGAUUAACCCUGCCAAUAUGCUAAGUGCCAAAACCAAACCAAACCCGUUGCCAUCAAGUCAAUUAUGACUCACAGUGAUAAGUAAUCAAAACUACCUUCUGACUGUUAUUUGAAAGCAUGGGUGUAACCAGAAAAGCGGCACUGCAGGUUCCUUCAUGGAGCUCCAAGUUCACUCUGUUCUGAGAAGGUUCAGAUCCAGAGGUCCCCACUGGUGUGUCCGAUGCGCCCUGAGGUCAGUCUUAACAACAGGCACACACCAAAAUGUCAUCCACCACCAUGAUUUCUCAUCUGAGGCUACUGAGAGUUAUACUUUAUCUGCAAGAGACAGAGUUGAUAGUACCUUCUUGUCUGGUUCAUUAGGUAAGUUAUCUGAACAAGUGAAAAUAGUCCCGGUAGGGCAUAGAAGCAUUUUAUGAGUAGGUGGGUCAAGUUGUGGUAAGACCUUCGUAAAACCUAAACCCUGGGGGGAAGGGAAUGACCCUCAACUGCUCGAGCCUCUAUUUUUAAUCUGAUCCUCUGCUGAGUUCCUGAAUAUUUCACCUGAACCGGAGCAGGUGACUCUUUCUUUUCCUGGAGGCUCUGAGAUGGGUUUUCAUAGGAACUUUCAGUUUUACACUGUCACAGGAAUGGCUUUAGCCCAAUCCAAGUCCAAAGUAAAAGUCUGAAAUCACUCGAGAGAGAUGUGAGAAACCUGCAUAACACUUGGGCAAAUGUCACACAAGUCUUGUAAUAGAAUAAUUUCUCCACGUUACUAAUAUAGAUUUUUUUUAAAAACUAAAACACUUUAGUUAAAAUCAUUAAAAAAAAUUUUUUUUCACCUAGAAAAAGGCAGUAUAGGAUGUAUAGAUGCUCCCUAUACUAUAAGAAGGAUCUUUUAGCCCAGAUAACUAGUUCCAUAUGUGUGUGUAUAUAUAUAUACAUUUUUUUAAUGAGACAUACAUGCAUACACACAUACACACACACACAAAACUAGACAUCUGGGCCAAAAGAUCCUUCUUACAGCAUAGAAAGCAUCUGUACUCAACAGGAGGAAAAAACAGCUGCAAACAGCCAUUAGUAAUUGAAGCUUGGAAUGUAUGAAGUAUGAAUCUAGCAAAAUUGGAAGUUGUCAAAAAUGAAAUGCAACGCUUGAAGAUCGAUAUCAUAGACAUUAGUGAGAUGAAAUGAACUGGUAUUGGCUAUUUUGAAUCGAACAAUCUUGUGGGCUGCUAUGCUGGGGGUGACAAAUUGAAAAAGAGUGGCAUCACAUUCAUUGUCAAAAAGAAUAUUUCAAAAUCUAUCCUGAAGUAUGAUGCUGUCCGUCAGUAAUAGGGUAAUAUCCAUACGCCGACAAGGAAUACCAGUUAAUACAACUGUUAUUCAGAUUUUUGCACCAACCACUAAAUGCCAAAGAUAAAGAAAUUGAAGAUUUUUACCAACUUCUGUAGCCUGAGAUUAAUCAAACAUGAGAUCAAGAUGCAUUGAUAAUUAUUAGUGAUUGAAUUGCACAAGUUGGAAACAAAGAAGAAGAAUUGGUAGUUGGAAAACAUGGCCUUGGUGAUAGAAAUGAUGCCAGAGAUUGCAUGAUUCAAUUUUGCAAGAACGACGACUUAUUCAUUGGAAAUACCUUUUUUCAGCAACAUAAGUGGUAACCUUACAUGUAGACCUCACCAGAUGGAAUACACAGGAAUCAAAUCAACUACAUCUGUGGAAAGAGAUGAUGGACAAGUUCAAUAUCAUCUGUCAGAACAAGGCCAGGGGCCGGCUGUGGAACACACUGUCAGUUGCUCAUAUACAAGUUCAGGUUGAAGCUGAAGAAAAUUAAGACAAGUCCAUGAGAGCUGAAGUAUAACUGUUUUAGGCUAGGUUCUCUAGAGAAGCAAAACCAGUAAAGUGUAUAUAGAUAGAUAGAGAGAUAGAGAGAUUCAGAGAGAGAGAGAGAGAGAGAGAUUCAGAGAGAGAGAUUUGUAUCAAGGAAAUGCUCACACGGUUAUAGAGGCCAGAAUGUCCCAAGUCUAUGGGUCAGGAUGGCGGCUUCUCCUGAUUCAUGUAGCCACAGGGGCUGGCGAACCCAAGAUAACAUGUCAGAGAGCAGAGUUCUUGCUCACAGGCUGCGAAGAUCAAUGAAUCCCAAAGAUUAGCAGGCAAGACUGCAGGUAAGCUGCUAGUUCAAGUCCGAAGAACCGUAGGUCAGAUGAACAGGCGCGAGCUACAAGAUCCAGUGCGACAAAAAGCCUUGCUAGAAUAUCCACUUUUAUUUGAUGCAGGCCACAAACCUGAGGAAACUCCCUUUCAAUUUAUUGGUUAUUCACAGCAGAUUCCAUCAUGGAGGGGAGACAUCAAACCUCAACAUAGAAGUGAGCACAACAUUAUACGAUAACCAAAACACUGAGUGAGAAUCAUGGCCCAGCCAAGUUGACACACAGUCUUAACCCUCAUAACAACCUUAAGUAUAUCCCACCUGAAUUUAGAGACCAUCUCAAGAAUAAAUGUGACACAUUGAAUACAAAUGACCAAAGACCAGAUGAGUUGUGGGACGACGUCAAAGACUUCAUGCAUGAAGAAAGCUAAAGGUCAUUAAAAAGAUGGGAAAUGAAAGAAAAGGCCAAAAUGGAUGUUAGAAGAGACUCUAAAACUUGCUCUUGAAUGUUGAGUUGCUAAAGUGAAUGGAAGAAUGAUGAAGUAAAAGAGCCGAACAGAAGAUUUGAAAGGGCAGCUCAGGAAGACACAGUAAAGUAUUAUAACGAAAUGUGCAAAGACCUGGAGUUAAAAAACCAAAAGCAAAGAACACGCCCAGAAUUUCUCAAGCUGAAAGAACUGAAGAAGAAAUUCAAGCUUUGAGUUACAAUGUUAGAACUGAUUAUUAAUGGAUGUUUGCGGCUGUUUCAUCUCAUUUUGAGUUGUGCCACGUAAGGAAGUGAAGGUCCCGAAAGCUUGAUUCCAUUCACGUCAUUAAGGUCGACUCUACUCUGAGGAGGCAGCUAUUUCCCAGUUGUCUUUUGAGUGCCUUCCAACCUGAGGGGCUCAUCGAUAUCAGACAAUGUUCUGCUGCUGUUCAUAAGAUUUUCACUGAUCCAUUUUUUUUUUUGAAAUAGAUUGCCAGGUCCUUCUCCCUAGUCUGUCUUAGUUUGGAAACUCCGCUGAAACCUGUCUACCAUGGGCGACCCUGCUAGUAUUUGAAAUACUGGUGGCAUAGCUUACAGCAUCACAGCAACAUGCAAGCCCCCACAGUAUGGCAAGCUGAAAGACUAGCAGUACAGUUUACACUAUAAACCAAAACACCAAACCCAUUGCCGUUGAGUCGAUUCCGACUCAUAGCAACCCUAUACAACCCUAAAACUUGAGGAACUCCUCUCUCACAGAGUAAUGAAGCGACUAUAUAUAUAUACACACAUAAAACAGCAGAGAAACAGAGGAGUCUGAAUUUCAGGAUGGGAUGGAUUAUCUCCAUCUUUAAAAAAGUUAUAUACGUGAUAGAAGACCACACUUCAGUUUUGUGAUUGCCAGUGAGGCAUAAUAUAAGCAGUAAACAUUUCUCAGAGUAGGAACAUACUCCUUCACACAUCUGCUUCGGUAAUUCCCUGUUCUGUUGGAAAAGAUCUCACAGACAUGGAAUUUUUAAACAUCGAGAAAAUUCCAUUAAGAAAUAGAGGGAAAAUGAAAAACUCAUUUUAAAAGCCUUGCCAAGAAUAAGUAAUAUGUGGUUUAGCACAUGAAAAAUAGUUAACUUUUGAUCGAAAUGAGCUUUUCGAAGAAGUUACUGGUUUUUUCCUUAGGCUUAAGUGCUUUGCUAAUACCUGUGUGGAGUUGGUCAGCCAAUUUUUCAUGACAGAAAGAAAAUCAUAUAUAAUUGGAUAAUAUGUAGUUAUUUUCAUGAAGAAAAUCCACGUUUGGAAUCACCUCUUACUCUUCUCUUGCACCCUACUUUCUUUUUAUGACCUGUUCAUAGCUGGCUAGAGAGAGCAAAACAGAGGAAGGCAUCUGAUGUCUUUGGUUCCCUGUGGGAGUAAAUUUGUUGGUUAGUUCAUAUGAUUUUAGUGUUAUGAAGGUGGGGAGCUCUAAAGAUUUUGCUUACGCCCCACCCUUUUUUAUUAUUACUGUAAAAACAAUAAAACAACAUCAAAAAAAGUAAAAGAGAAGCCUGGUAUUCCACUGAUCUAAACAUUCUGGUUUUCAUUUUUGCUUAUUCAUUGUUGCUUACUCACUGUAUUCAUAUUAAUUUAUAUCCCAAACGGGAAACCCUGGUGGCAUAACAGUUAAGUGCUACAGCUGCUAACCAAAAAGUUGGAGGUUUGAAUCUACCAGGCACUCCUUGGAAACUCUUUGGGGCAGUUCUACUCUGUCCUAUAGGGUCACUAUGAGUCGGAAUCGACUCGAUGCAAUGUUUGUUUUUUUAAAUAUCCCAAACAUCCUGCUUUGCUUAAAUUUUAGAUAUUUUUUAUUAUUCUGCGUCAGGGGUUCUUACAUAUGGAACCUUUUUGCAAUUUUUGCUUAAGGCUAUGAAACUCUAAUCAGAAUAAUGUUUAUUAAAUACUUAAAAUAGCAUACACAGGAUUACAAAGGAGACAAUAUUGCAGUAGACUUAACAAAAUAAAAAGCAGUAUGUGAUAUAACAAUAUGUGUUUUUCCAUCAGUAUCAUUAAAUAAUGUAUUAUAAUGAAACCUGGAGUUUGAAAACCAAAAAGAGAAGAACACGCUUGGCAUUUCUCAAGCUGAAAGAACCAAAGAAAAAAUUCAAGCCUUGAGUUGCAAUAUUGAAGAAUUCUACAGGGAAAAACUAAAUGAUGCAGGAAGCAUAAAAAGAAGGUGGAAGGAAUGUAGAGUCACUGCACUAAAAAGAUUCGGUUGACAUUCAGCCAUUUCAGGAGGUAGCAUAUGAUCAGAACCGAUGGGUGCUGAAGGAAGAAGUUCAAGCUGCACUGAAGGCGUUGGCAGUGCAACACUGGAAGUGCUCACUCAUCUAUGCCAAGAAACUUGGAAGAUAGCUAUCUGGCCAACCGACUGGAAGGGACCCAUGUUUGUGCCCAUUCCAAAGAAAGGUAACCCAACAGAGUGCAAAAAUUUUUGAGCAAUAUCGUUACUAUCACACACAAGUAAAAUUCUGCUGAAGAUCAUUCAAAAGCUGUUGGAGGAGUACAUUGACAGGGAACUGCCAGAAAUUCAAGCUAGUUUCAGAAGAGGAUGGGAAAUGAGGGGGAUAUCAUUGCUGAUGUCAAAUGGAUAUUGGCUGAAAGCAGAGAAUACCAGAAAGAUGUUUACCUGUGUUUUAUGACCACGAAGAGGCAGUUGACUGUGUGGAUCAUAACAAAUUAUGGAUAACAUUGUGAAGAAUGGAAAUUCCAGAACAUUUAAUCGUGCUCAUGCAAAACCUGUACGUAGACCAGGAGGCAGUCAUUCGAAGAGAACGAAGGGAUACUGAAUGGUUUAAAAUCAGGAAAUGUGUAUGUAGGGUUGUAUCCUUUUACCAUACCUAUUCAAUCUGUAUGCUGAGCAAAUAAUCUGAGAAGCUGGACUAUAUGAAGAAGAAUGGGGCAUAAGGAUUGGAGGGAGACUCAUUAACAUCCUUCUGUAUGCAGAUGACACAGCCUUACUUGCAGAAGGUGAAGACAACUUGAGGCACUUACUGAUGAAAAUCAAAGACCACAGCCUGCAGUAUGCAUUAUACCUCAACAUAAAACAAAAAUCUACACAGCUGGACCAUUAAGCAACAUCAUGAUAAAAGGAGAAAAGUCUGACAUUGUCAAGGAUUUCAUUUUACUUGGAUCCACAAUCAACCUCCAUGGAAGCAGUAGUCAAGAAAUCAAGUAACACAUUGCAUCGGGCAAGUUGCUCCAAAAGCCCUCUUUAAAUUAUUAAAAUGCAAAGAUGUCACUUUGAAGACUAAGGUGCUCUUGACCCAAGCCAUGAUAUUUUCAGUCAAUGAAUAAGGAAGACUGAAAAAGAAUUGAUGCCUUUGAAUUAUGGUGUUGGCAAAGAAUAUUGAAUAUGCCGUGGACUACCAAGAGAAUGAACAAAUCUGUCUUGGAAGAAGUACAGCUAGAAUGCUCCUUAGAAGCAAUACUUUGUGUCACGUACUUUGGGUGUGUUAUCAGAAGGGACCAGUCCCUGGAGAAGGACAUCAUGCUUGGUAAAGUAGAGGGUCAGUGAAAAAGAGAAAGACCCUCAGUGACAUGGCUUGACACAGUGGCUACAACAAUGGGCUCAAACAUAGCAAUGAUUGUGAGCAUGGCACCAGACUGGGCAGUGUUUCGUUCUAUCUUACAUGAGGUUGCUUUGAGUCAGAACCAACUCUGCAGACCUAACAGCAACGACAUUAAAUAAUAUGAUGUGGCAGAUCUAUGGGUACAUAAUCUUUAAGUCGUUCUGAGUAUGCAUAUUUUGAAAGCAUCUGUGGGUCUGAAGGUGGAGGUGGAGGGGAGGGAAGUUGAGGAAGCUCAAGCUUGAUGGUCCCUAUUUUCUAGGUAAACUAAGAGACUCAGUUGACUUUAGAAUGUGAGGGUUUGGGGAUAGGGCCGAAGAUAUUUGGAACAGAUUUACUGAUGGUUAGUUGUUAGUUGAGAGGCCUGGUGGUGCGGUACUUAAGCGGUUGGCUUAAGGUCGGUGGUUCAAAACUACCAGUGUUCCUUUUGAGAAAGUUGUGGCAGUCUGCUUCCAUAGAGAUUACAAUCUUGGAAACCCUAUAGGGCAGUUCUAUUCUGUCCUAUAAGAUUGCUAUGAGUCAGAAUCAACUUGAUGGCAGUGGUCGGUGGGUGGAGUUGUUAGUUACUGUCAAGUUGGUUUUGACUCAUGGUGACUCCCUGUACAACAGAAUGAAACAUUUGGUCCUGCUCCACCUUCAGGAUUGUUGUUAAUGCUGGAGUCUGUUGUUGCAGCCAUUAUGUACUUUUAGUGUCUUUCAGCCUAUGGUGCUCAUCUUCCAGCAGUAUAUGGGACAGUAUUCCAUUGUAAUUAUAAAGUUUUCAUUGACUAAUUUUUGGAGGUAGAUUGCCAGGCCUUUCUUCCUAGUCUGUCUUAGUCUGGAAGCUCUGCUGAAACCUGUCCAACAUGGGUGACUCUGACGGUAUUUGAAAUCCUGGUGUCAUAACUCCCAGCAUCCUUGGGCACACAAGUUACCAUAGUACAAGUGAUAGACUGGUGGUGGUACUGAGUGAUAAGAACAGUGUUAUUUUAGUUCUUACUAUGCCUCAGAUACUGUGUUAGACCUCUUAAAUAUAUUAUUUAAUCCUGAGGACAGCCUCACGAAGGGUACUUGCUGUUGUCUUUACUUGACUGAUGAAGCAACUGAGCUGAGAAGUUACACAUGGUUCUCAAUCACAAACAGAUCAUUGAGAAAAGAUUGACCAUUCUCUAGCCCUCAAAGGAAGACCACCUAAAUCACACAGGCAAUAUCCUGAUUCCUGAUGCAGUGGAAGGCCACAGUGGUGACAGAGUUAUGAUUCAGUCCCAAACCUUUGACCAGAGUCUGUUUUACUGCCCCAUCUCUUCCCUAAACCAGGAAAGGUAAAAAGAAUUUCUGUGUGGCCCUGAGAGCCAUUUGAGAUUGGAAACCCCCAAUUUGUUUUAACUAGAACACAAAUCUCCAGACCCACUUGUAGAUGAUUAUUUUUCUCCUGUGGCAUCUUAGAAGCCCGAGCAGAGGCAGGCAGUGGUUAGGGGCUGCAGGGGAGGGACUGGGCUCUGGACUGCAUGUCUGUUUUCAUGUAGGAGAGACCAUACCCUGAACAGUCUUCUCAAGGGGGCAGUUGUAUCUGCUGGCCUUGUUCUUCCUCUAUGAGGUCACCCUGGACAUGUCCACACCGCAUUGACUUGAUAGUUUCUCAUCCACUUCCUUAGUUUUAUUUCGAGCCGCGAUGCCAGGGUGUGUAAAUUUGAGCAUAAAUUUUCUCAGUGUGGUCUGCUGCUGGCCCAAUUGAAAGCCAAGAUGCAGAGGGGCUGGGGUAAGUCGCAGACAGAACAAUUCAUGGGUAACAGUUUCUUAUAGGGGUCAUAUGUACUCAGGGGCCCUAGGACAGCUUCUGGUUGUGGGGGGGCAGGAAGAACUCCCCUAGCCCAGCAGCCUGUGUAGCUCUUGAAGAAAAACUGAAAAACUGCUCAUGUAGUUGAGUGUGUGCAUCAGGGGCAUCUGCAAAGGGUCAUUUCAACUGUUAAAAACGCCUGUGGGACGUUGGGCAAGAGAUAGGUGCUUGAGACCUGUCUCUCGGGGCAGGCUUCUUCAUUGCGGAUCAGUGAAUGGGAUGUGCCUUUCCAGGUGCAUCCCAGGUCUCCCGGUAAAUGUAGCUUCAACAGAUACACGGGAAACAGUUCAUCUCAUUAAGGGGAUUUGAGAACCCAUACGUACCGCUCUGAGAACAAACUGAACAAAACUGUGCAACCUUUCAUGUUGCUGGUCAUUUGCUCUGUCUCAGAACGAGUAUUGUGGAGGAUAAUUAGUUCUUAUCUUUGAUAGAAUCUGUUUUUGUUGAGUAUCUUUAGACCUUCAGGCUUCCGGCCACAAAUAAGUAGAAAACAUGUCGUAGUCCUUGCUUUGAUAAUGCCAAUAGCAAGUCAUAUCUGAUAUUCAUAAUAGAGUUUUUUUGUUUUUUUGUUUUUUUUUUUGGUUUGCCCUUGGAACAGGAGAAAGCAUGUAAGCCAGCCUUCCUAGAUUGUGUCAAAUAAGAAAAUUGUGCAUCUUUGUUAACUUAACUACUGUGAUUGAAAUGAUUGAAAUAUUAUGGUUUCCAGAAUUAAUUCAGAAAGAUCAAAAAGUAGGCAGUUAGGUAGAGUGUAGAAGUCCUCCUAAGUUAUACAUAACUUAAUCAGUUGAGGUGGGUUGUUACAGGGAGGGAAGCACACAUCAGUGGCUCUGGCAAGACAGAGCGCCUUUAUUUUUGUGGUGAAGUAAAUAAUUCAGUAGUCCUAGUUUCAACUAACAAAUGCUUUAUUCCAGGAGAGUAGGAAUCUCUGUUUGAUCUCUGGAAACAAUUUCAUGUAAUGAAAUUUCCUCUAGGAAACAGUUGCAAUUUAACGUUAACAUGCAAAGAAAUGAAAAUGCAAAUACAAAAGUACUUAGGGAAUGCCUGUUUCGUGGUGUAGGAGGCUUUCUUUCCCCACCCAUCAGCCAAAAGAUGUUUGUUGUUGUUAGGUGUCGUCGAGCCAUUUCCGACUCACAGUGACCAUAUGUACAACAGAGUGAAACGCUGCCCUGUCCUGCGAGGCUCAGGAUUGUUGUUACGCUUGAGCCCAUUGUUGCAGCCACUGUGUCAAUCCAUGUCGUUGAAAGUCUUCCUCUUUUUUGCUGACCCUCUACUUCACCGAGCACUAUGUCCUUCUCCAGGGACUGAUCCCUCCUGAUAACAUGUCCAAAGUGUGUGAGACAAGUCUCAUCAUCCUUGCUUCUAAGGAACAUUCUGGCUGUUUAGUGACACUUCAUAAGCCCUUGGAAUAAGGUUUGUCCUAAAGGUCUCUAUGCGCUGUAAUUGUAUGUCCUCUCUGCCCUUUUAAUUUGAAAUAAACUUGAAAUGAAGGACGGAGCCCAGCCCGGCUGUGAGAGAAGUAGAAACGAUGUGAUUGAUUUUCUCGACAUAGAUAACGUUGCCUAUUUUGGGGUUCAGCAAAUGCUGCUCUAUCCUAUCAGUGAAAUACUGCUUUCAACAUGAGCUUGUGAUGUCACCUUUAAUAUUUCAUUUAUUUGCAAAUGCUUCUUUUGUGUUUAGAUAUUCUGCGCAGUUCAGGUGGGCCAUGCAGGGGCCGGGAGGCCAUGUUCUGUUCCCACUGAGAGGGGCCUGGGAAGGAAUGGCCGAAAGUGGUCAGAGCCGGUCCGUGUCACCCACAGCCUCCUGGGCCCUUCACUCUGUUGGCUCAGGCGAUGCUGUUCCUGUGAUUUGCUUCCAUGCCUACGCUGAGCUGGAAUUUGCAACCAGGUCUGCCUGACUUUGCAGUCCCUGCUUCUCACUGCUGGGAACCAUGCCAAGCAGGGACACUGGAGGAGGGUGGUGUUUGUUCAGAAGACUUCCCAGGUUGUUGGCUGGUGCCCUGUGCCGGGUGCCUCUGGUACAAAGACAAAUAGAAUUUGUCCAGCCCCAAGGGAGCAGCAGAUGGACAAGCAAAGAGUCGCACAUGGCCAGCAGGUACUCCUAGCCAACGGUUGUGCUGAUGUUCUAGCUGGGAUGAUUAUGAAGUUUUAUUUGCUGCUUGGUUGCUGGAGACUUUUUAGGCCACUCAGAACUUGUAAUACAACCAUAGUCCUACUUUCCAGCCAAAAAUUGGCUGCUACUACUAAGCCAUCCCACCACUCAUCUGUCAGUUUGCUGUACUGUGGUGGCUUCCUUGUUGCUGUGAUGCCAGAAACUAUGCCUCAGUAUUUCAGGUACCCACAGGGCCAUCCAUGGUGGACAGUUUUCAGCAAAGCUACCAGACUAAGAUGGACUAGGAAGAAAAGCCUGGUCAUCUCCUUCCAGAAAUGAGCCAGUGAAAACCUUAUGGAUCACAGCAAAACAUUGUCUGACCUGCUUGCUUUGGGCACGUCACUGGGAGGAGGACGUUGUGUUUGGCAAGAUGGAGUGCCAAUAUAGGUGUGGGGGACCCUCAAUGAGAUGGAGUAGCACAGUAGCUUUGGUGCUGGACUUGAACAUGUUGGUGAUUGUUGGGGUGGUGCAGUACUGGGUAGCAUUUGUUCUGUCGUGCAUGGGUUGCUAUGAGUCAAAGUCGACUCAACGGCAGCUCACAACGCCUUUGUCAUCAUCAGUCUCUUACCCUGGCAAGUGUCAUGGAUUGAAUUGUGUCCCCCCAACAUAUCUGUCAACUUGCCUAGGCCAUGAUCCCCCGUACUGUGUGAUUGUCCGCCAUUUUGUCCUCUGAUGUGAUUUUCUUGUGUGUUGUAAAUCCUGUCUCUGUGAUGUUGAUGAGGUAGGAUUAUCAACAGCUAUAUUAAUGAGGCAGGGUUCAAUCUACAAGACUAGGUCAUGUUUUAAGCCAAUCUCUUUUGAGAUACAAAAGAGAGAAGUGAACAGAAAGACAUGGGAUCCUCAUACCACCAAGAAAGCAGUGCCAGGAGCAGCAUGUGUCCUUCGGACCUGAGGUUCCUGCAUGGAGAAACUCCUAGACCAAAGGAAGAUUGAUAACAAGGACUUUUCUCCAGAACUAACAGAGAGAGAAAGCCUUCCUGUAGAGCUGGUGCUAUGAAUUUGGACGUCUAGCCUCCUAGACUGUGAGAGAAUAAAUUUCUCUUUGUUAAAGCCAUCCACUUGUGGUAUUUCUGUUACAGCACCACUAGGUAACCAAGACAGCAAGUUAAAGUGAAGUUGGUGCCAGGUGCAGUGUGAGAUCCCUGAGGUCCCACCUUGCAACCUGCCACCCCUUGGCAGUGCUCAUGCUUAACUCUCUCUUGCCUGGGGUUUUUCUACCUCUGAGCUUUGGCUCAUAUUGUUAACAUCCAUCUAGGAUGUCUUCCCACCCCAUGUGCAAUGGCUGAAGCCUACUCAUCUCUCACAGCAUGAUCCAAGUCCACCCCUCUCAUCCUCUCACUGGCUUGCCUGGUCCUUUUAAAGCCUCACCGGGAAUUUUUGCAAGCUUUUGCAGCCUUGAAAUGCCCCUCCUAUAGGAGUCUUUGCCAAUGCGCAGGCAUGUCCAUGACCAUCCCCAGUGCAGCAUCUGACCUGCCACAGAAGAGCUGCAUGUAGCUUCUGAAAUCCAACAGAUUCAUUACAGGGACCUUCUAACUCUUGGGGAGAUCAAUUGUUGCUUUGGAAAUUCUACUGGCAUAGUGGUUAAGUGUUAAAGCAGCUAACCAAAAGGUUGGCAGUUCGAAUCCACCAGGCGCUCCUUGAAACCCUAUGGGGCAGUUCUACUCUGUCCUAUAGGGUCGUUUUGAGUUGGAAUUGACUUGAUGGCAACGGGUUUAGUUCUUUUUUUUUUUUUUUAACUGCACACAAUCAGCGUUCUCUGGUUACAUGUAGCUUAAAAAAGUGCUCCUAGAAGGAUCCGUAUUUGGUAAACUCUCUGUGGUAUAUCUGUUUGUUGGUCCAAAAUAAAAAAGAGUGUGGCUGGGCUGUUGACAUUGUUUCAGAAAUCAUUUGUGUCAGUUUGUGUCUGAACUGCUGUGCCUUUCUCAGUUCUAGAAUCCUAUCAUAAUUCUUUAACAUUUUCUCAGUGCCAACAAUGAGUGCAUAGCCUUGUUUUGAGUAAGUAUAGCCAUGUAUCUGAUCCCCAGCCCCCUGCCCAUUUUUCUAGCUCCACCUCUUGGCCUGGCUGAGCUCAUCCUGGGUGCUCUCCCCUUUAGCCUGAUACUAGACUCUGUUUUGUUGGGCAAAUCUCACCAAAUGAAAAGCACAGAGAUAAAUGGCUUCUGAUGCAUAUCAUAAAUAAGUAUUUAAUUCCACACCCUCAGAAUCAUGAGCCAUUUAUUUUAAUGCUCUAACCUUGAAGUGUAGAAAUAACACCCAUUUAUUUAUUUUCAGUGAGAUCUUAUCUUAGGAGCUCUUGUACAAAUACACAGAAUUGUGUUUUACCGUUUAAUUUCAUGAUGUCUCUUCUAUUUGUAAUGCCCUUAGACAGCUGACAUCAGAAUAGUUCUGCAUGGAGGGAGACUGCAUAUUAAUUGCUGCCUCUCACAAAUGCAGCCUGAACCCUGAGGUGCCCGUCCAGCGAGGACCUCGCUUGUCAGCGUCCCCCUUUUCCUUACUUCCCUAGCCACUCCUUAGCUCUCUGGGUAAAAUGAUCUCUCUAGGAUUAAUCACUGAGCCCUGGUGUUGCAGUGUUUCUGGGCUGCCAACCAAAAGGUUGGCAGUUUGAAUCCACCAGGUGCUCCUUGGAAACACUAUGGGGCAGUUCUGCUCUGUUCUAUAAGGUUGCUAUGAGUUGGAAUUGACUCAGUGGCAAUGGGUUUGGUGUUCUUUUUGGUUUCUGCUUGCACUGAGUUUCAGGCUUGUGAAGGCAGGGUGG